AUGGCGCUGAAGGCGGCGAUAGCUCGCAAGGCUGCUGCUGAGGCCGCUUCGCGGCGGGAGGCUGGCCCGGCCGCCCAAGCUGCACCCGCGCCGGCAGUGAUCACGGCGGGCGCGCCUGCGCCUGCCCAACCAGCGGAGGGUGCGUUCGCGGUGAAGCGUGGAUUUCUCGAAGGAGAGGUGACGCUUUAUCCAGACGGGUCCAGGGAGGCGCAGACCAGACGUUCCAGGUUCGCGCUCCGCUCGCUUGAUGACCGAUAUGUCGUGGCAGCCGACUUUGCAGACUUCUCGGGUGCGGUCGGCAAGGAGGAUUUCGACGUUGCGCUCGAAGGUUGCGCGCUUCGCAUCCGAGGCAGCAAGACCGGCCCGGCGCACGCGCUGCUGGUCGGCCUCGACGAAAGAGUCGCGCUGCCAUCCGAUGCGGACGUUGGCCGUAUCGAGGCGUCGUUCGAGGCGCGAACCCUGCGCAUCACGGUGCCGCGUUUGGGGCAAGCCUAA